GAAAUUAGAGUUAAUAUUCGUUUUCUUGUUAGAUGAAAUUUCAAUUCUCUCAGCUUUCCCUGUGGAACAUCAACAUCACUUGCCAAAUUCUCUCCCUUGUGAUAACAUUGAACAAAUUUUCUCUUCCUGGGAUUGUAGCUGAUAACGAAAGUGGAAGGCUCGAGGGAAAUUAUAGAUUUCAGAAUAAGUUCUGCAACAUAUAUCACCAGUUUCAUUCCUUUUGGUUUUCUUCCCCGUGCCUCCCAUUUGGUUCGUUUGUGCUCUCGCCUCUUUCCUCAUUGCGGUUUGGUGUGGCUGGUGAUGCUUUCCCUUUCGGCGUGUCUUCGUCAUUAGUGAUCGUCUUGAAGGGUGUUGUGCGAAAUGGCAAGGUCCGAUACCAUGGUUCGUCGAGCAAGGUUCAUGAUGAUGUUUAUGUUGGUGCUUCAAGCAAUGAUAAGAAGGAUGAGAAGCAUUACCGACCAACACCAAAAAAGAAGGAUGACCAACCAACACCAAUAAAGAUACAAAAAAGAAAAUGUAGAGAAAGUUUUAUGCGUGCUUUAGAGGACCAAAAAUAUCUAAUUAAAGAACUUAAAAGGAGGGUUGUUGUUCUGGAGGCACAGUUGGCUGAAGAGAAGGCUAGAAGAAGAAAUAAAGAUGAUGGUGGACAGAGUAUGCCUCGUGCAGAACCCUCCAUGAACAGUGGCUUUGUUUUCCCGAGUGGCAUGUACACCAACGAAUCUCCUAUGAAGACGUAUGUGAGGGUCGGAUCACAAAGGCGUUACAAGGGCAGAGUGCUUAGGACUCUGUACACUAGAAAUGGAGUGCUUAGAAUAAAAAAUGAGUGAUAUUUGUGUUGAUUUGUUAAAAGAAAGUCAUACAACAUUGUACAUAUAUGAACAAAUGAGUGUAAUGUAACCUAUUUUGUUCAAUGUUAUAAAAGAUGCAUUUUUGCUUCCGUUAAAUAUUGUUAAUGUUAAUUGAAAUGUUAUUCCCUUCGUUGUUGUCAUUGUAAAAUGAGGUUUUGUUUGGAAUAUUAAUGAAUAAAUUGGCCAAUUUGAUUGAGUAGUCAUGUUUGUGAUGGAUGAAUGAAACAAUGUUUGUGAGAUGAUGAACUUAGCACAAGUGGUGAAGGUUCUACUGCAAAAAACACAGUGGUAAUCGUUUAAUAGUGGCUCGUAAACGAUUACACGAGUGAAAUCUGGGUUAUGUACGGAAACUUGUAUUGUAGGAGCCAGUUGUGGUAAUCUGGGUGACCAUGGACAAAAUUUAUAACUUUCUUACAUAAGUCCAAUGGUUUAAACUUGAUUUUGGUGUUUAAGUGUGCGUUGAGUGUGGGAAGUCAUGUUUGGGAAGUUAUAAUUUCACCUGCAUUAGAAAAUAUUUAUCAAAUUAUAUCAUAAAAAAACUAAUGCUUCUUUGGUUCUUUGGAUGUUGAUGGUUGGUGAAAUGGAGGAACGAAUUUGCGAAGGAUGUCAUCCACAUUCACAUUUUUUUCCCACAAAGGUAGUCGAAUGACAGGUUUUGGUGUAUCCUUGACCAGGUCAAUUGUGGGAGGACAAAUUUCAGCUGGAAAAACCUUGACUACGUUGCGAUGCACGAUAUUUAGGUAGUAGUUUUUUCCAAAUGCACUGAAGGAAUGUAGGGCAAUAGUGAAUGCCAUCGAAGAAGUCUUUCCAAAUACAAGGCAUAGGUGGUGUUUAUGGCACAUCAUGAAGAAGUUGCCAGAAAAAUUUCAAGGCUAUAAAAAUUAUGUGGCUAUCAAAACCGAUCUCAACGCACUUGUGUAUGAAUGUGGUUGUCCAACGAACUUUGAGAAUGGUUGGGAAGAACUACUGACCAAACAUGGAUUGCAGGAGAAUGAAUGGUCAUGUAAUUUGUAUCAGGAGAGACAAAAAUAGGUACCUUGUUACUUGAGGAAUCAUUUCUGGGCAGGCAUGUCAACAACUCGAAGAAGUGAGGGAAUGAAUGCUUUUUCUGAUGGAUUUAUCAAUUCUAGUACCAUACUUCAACAAUUUGUGGUUCAAUACGACAAUGCCCUCAGAGUCAAGGCCCAAAAAAGAAAUACAAGCUGACUUCUCCUCCCUCAACACCAUGGUUGCAUGUGGCUCUUAGUCACCGAUCGAGAGACAAUUUCAAGUAGAGUACACACAUGCAAAGUUUGAGGAAAUGCAAACAGAGCUUCGGUCAAGGAUGAAUUGUUUCAUCAAAGACACCGUAAAGGAAAACUUAUUGAACGCUUACACAAUAAAAGAGGAGCGCAUGUGGGAAGGUAAAUGUGUAGAUAAAUUUUAUAAAGUGCAAUUUGAUCCACUCACAAAGAAUACCACAUGUUCUUGCAUAUUAUUUGAGUUUAGAGGCAUCAUUUGUUGCCAUUCCCUAUUGGUAUUCAGUCAGGAAGAUGUUUACAGUGUGCCCUCCAAAUACGUUCUACGGCGGUGGAGCAAAAAUAUUCGUAGAAGGCACACACUCAUUAGAGCAGCGUAUAGUAAUUCCAAUCAUGAACCGACAAUGCAAAGAUACCAAAUUUUGUGCAAACGAUUCUAUGAAAUAGAUGAGGUAGCUUGUGAGUCGGAAGUUGCUUCUAAUGAGUUGGAAAAAGAACUUGAUUUCCUUGGUAAAAGGUUUGGAUACAAUUCAUCCAUGACAAAUAACAUCAUUAGUGAUGGAGGUGAACUACGAUAUGACAAUUCAGUGAGCGGUACAAUACCCGACACUGCAGGUGCAAGUGUUGAUGUACUUGUCCGCAACCCUUUAGCUGUUAAGCGAAAAGAACGACCGCGCACCACCAUGUUCAAGUCAACCGUUGCGAAAAGAACCAAAAAAGGGAAAUUUGCUUCAGCCAAAAAUACUUAAACACCAUUCGUAGAAGAAACUGAGACAAGAAUACCUGAUGUUGUACAAAGUCAUGAGGUUUUUCAAUUUGGAUCCCAAUCGUACCAACUAUCACAACAAUUCGAAGUGCCUCCUUUUGGAUUUAUGUCUUUGUUAUCAGCUGUACAUAACAAUUUCGAUAACAUUCUUUGAUGUAUAUAACUUCCUUCUUCUUCUUCUUCUUCUAUGUAUAUUAUAUGUAUAUUAAAUUGACAUUGUUGUGUAAAUGUUG